AGCCUCUUGGUUUGGCUGAUACAGCCACAGCCAUAUGAGCAGCAAAACCUGCUGCUUGGUGCUCCUUGCUUGUUUCUUUCUCAGUAUCUGGAUAAAGGCAGGACAAGAUGAGGACACAUCUGCUUUUCCUCCUUCUAUUGCUGUUUCUCACAGACUUCCUGGCAGCAGACACCAUAAGCCCAAAUGAAGCAAAGCUAAAGAAAGCCAAGCUGCCCAAAAUAAAAAAGGAGAACAAUGUCCUCUUGCUGAAAAAGAGCAACUUUGACAGAGCAUUGAAGGAAACCAAGUACCUCCUGGUGAAGUUCUAUGUUUCUUUAGCUCAAUCAUCUCAGAAUUUCUCUGAAGAAUUUGCUGAGGCUGCACGACAGCUAAAAAAAGAAGCUCCAAGAAUCCAGUUUGGCAAAAUUGAUGUGACACACCAACCUGAUUUGAGAAAAGAAUUUAAUAUUCAAGCCUUUCCUACUGUGAAGCUUUUUGUGAAUGGCAGCAGGGAAGAUCCCAUAGACUGCAAAGGAGUCAGACAAGCCUCAGCCUUUGUUACAUGGGUGAAAAGAAGAACAGGACCCAGCACUGUUUUAAUCAACUCUACUGAUCAGGCUGAAGCCCUCAUAAAAGCUGAUGAUUUGGCAGUGAUCAGCUUCUUUAGGGAACUUCACAACGACAGUGUGGAAGUUUUCUGUGAGGCUGCAAGAGAUGUGCCAGAGAUGCCUUUUGGGAUGACAGCCAGUGAGGAUGUCUGUGCUGACUACGGCAUCCAGAAGAACACUCUUGUGGUGUUUAAGAAGGGAAAACCUGUGCAUAAGGAAGUGCUUGAAGAUGGCAGACAGAACAAACUGGGUCUAACAAGGCUAAUCAAAACCUUCACUUUGGAUUUGGUCACUGAAUAUAAUAUUGAGACAUCUGUGAAGAUUUUUGAUGUCCCUGUUGAAAAUCACAUCCUGCUGUUCACCCCAACGAACUCGGAGACGUUCAGUGCGAUUUAUGAAAACUACAAGUCUGCUGCUGCGGAAUUUAGAGGAAAGAUACUCUUUGUUUUGGUGGAUACUGAUGAAGGAAGGAAUGGACGAAUUUUUGAGUAUUUUCGCAUCAGGGACAUCGAUGUUCCUGCCGUGAGAAUCCUAAAUCUGACAAGUGAUGCAAGGUACAAAAUGCCUGCAGAUGAGGUGACUGUGGAGAACCUUAGAGAGUUUUGCCAGAGCUACCUAAAUGGAAAAGCAAAGGUACAUCUCUCUAGUGAGGAAAUUCCAGAAGACUGGGACAAGAUGCCUGUCAAAGUGCUUGUUGGGAAGAAUUUCAACAGUAUUGUCUUCAAUAAGACCAGGACUGUGUUUGUUAUGUUUUAUGCCCCUUGGUCCCAUGACUGCAGAAAACUCCUACCAAUCUGGGAUAAGCUAGGAGAGCAAUACGACAGUCGUGAGGACAUAAUCAUUGCAAAGAUAGACAUCACAGCAAAUGACAUCCUGUCUGUUGGAUUAGCUCGAUAUCCCUUCUUCACACUCUUCCCUGCUGGAUCAGAUUACCAGGAGGUGGCCUAUGCUGGGGACUAUACACUGGAGGCAUUUGCUGAAUUCUUAGAAGAGCAAAGCAAGACAAAAGCAGAACCAGGAGAGCAGGAUCCUUUGGGAGGAAUCAAAGAAGAUCUCAGCCAAAAAGAGACUGCAAUAACAGAGAAAGAACUUUAAUAGUACAGAGAAAGAGAAAAAUUCUGAGGAUUGUGGGGAAUCCUUCCUGGAAGGAGCCCACUGGAAGAAUGAAUCAUCUGAAGUGAAC